AUGUCGGAGCCGCCCAAGAAGAAGAAGAAGGGCGGUGGAAGCGGGGCCAAGCAGACGCGCAUCGAGAACUACAGGGCGAAGCAGAGUGGGCUGCAGGCUGUGCGCGAUGGCAAGGCUUCAGUGUCAAUGCUUCCGCUGAAGAGCAAGUCGCCGGCAGUUCCAGAUCCAGCAGCAGAGGCGAAGGCGCCAGUGUCACCGGCACCGCCGAAGGCGCCAGUGGCAGCUCCAAAGGCGUCAGUGUCACCUCCGAAGGCUGCUGCUUCGUCUUCUGGGGCCUCGCCUGGGCCAGUGUCAGCGGCGGCUGCUGCGGUGCCGAUCUGCUGCCCGGCUGGUGGCUUUUGUCAAGUGGUUCUUUUUGUGUCCGCCUCCAGAGCGAAAGCGCCCAGUGUCAUCGUCAUCUUCGUCGAGAUCUUGGAGCGGACAAUUCCACUGGCCGUGAAAAGCAUCGCCACGGCGACGGCGAAAGCAGCAUCCGCUGCAACGGCCGCGGCUCAGGCGAGUGCUCACGAGGCAAAGUCUAAGGCGGCCGAAGCCAAAGCCAAGGCGAAGCAGCUUCAGAUCCAGCGGGAAACGCAGCGGGAGGCAUUGGCAAAGGCUGCAGUUUGGUCGGAGAUCCAGGGCUACGAGCUUGGCUUUGCAGAUGGCUCCAGGGUCACUUCCUCAUCGUCCAAGGAUGGCUCCAGCUGCAAACCUGCGAGCUCAGCUGCUUCCAGUGUCAUCCCGGCUCCGCCGAAAUCUGCUUCCAGUGUCAUCCCGGCUCCGCCGAAAUCUGCUUCCAGUGUCAGCCCGGCUCCGCCGAAAUCUGGUGACAGUGUCAAGGCCAAAGCCGUGAAAGCGACACCUGCAGCGGCCAAGAAGUCCUCGCCUGCCAAAGGCAGCCGCCGCUAG